AUGAAAAAAGUGGAAAAUCAUUAUGUACCAUUAUACCGUUAUGAAAUUUAUUGUUAUAUUAUCAUUUGGGCUUCAGGCAUAAUUUAUGCUGUUUAUAAUGUAUUAGCUAUCAGUUCUGGUAAGGAUUGUAUAAAUUAUUUUUAUUUAUUUUUGUUAACUAUACAUUUUUUCUCUAAUUUAGAUCUACUGACUUCAGACAUACCUGGCUUAGUUCCUGGAUGGUCGUGGCUUGGCCGAAAGAAGGAUAUUUGUUUAGAAUGGAGUUUAUGGUGUACAUUUAUUAUAUACUCAUUGGGUCCAUGGAUUAUUUUACACUCAUCAAUAUUAUUAUUAAUUCAAAGCUAUUUUGUACAGGUUUUGUUUGCAAUAACAUUUUUUAUUUAGAUUUACCUAUAAUUUGUAAUUUUUUAAUAUUACAAUUUUAAUUUUGUUUCAUAUAGGUAUCAACAUUACGCAGUGUAUGGCUUAUUACUGUUACAAGUUUAUGUGUUUCUUAUAAUUUUGGUUUAUUGUCAGUUUUCAUGUUCAUUGGUUUGACUGUAAUUUAUUAUUGUUUAUUAUUAUUUGGUAAUAAAUUAUUUGUUUGGAUUACAAGCUUAUUCCUAUUGGGAGUUUGGUCAUACUACAACGAUGCUAUAUUUGUAUGAUAAUUAAUAUUUGCAUAUUAAUACAAUACAAAGUAUAUAAUAUUAUAUAAUAAAUAAUAUAUUAAUUUUUAUAUACUUUUAGACUAUGGUUGACUUUAGUUCUGAUGAAGAUAUUGCGUAUUUGGCAAUAAUGACAUUAUACUGGCAUCAACUACGCUGUAUAAGUUUUUCAUUAAGCUCGAUGGAUAAGACUAAAAGUACAACUUUGCCAAUUUUUUUACACUUUUUAGCAUAUUCAUUUUACUUACCAUGUUUUUUUUUUGGACCUAUCAUUAUUUACACAAAAUUAAAUGUAAAUUAAUUUUAAAAAUUAAAUAUUUUUUAAGUAUUAAAGUUUUCUUUUUUUUAUACAGGAUGGAAAUAAAAAUGCUAACACAAAACCAUUACAUCAGCGUUUACUUACUCUAAUAAUAAAUUUGAUCCGAUAUUUUUUUUGGAUGUUUGUUGUUGAGUUUGUAUUACAUUAUAUUUACAUUAAUAUGUUUAUACAAAAUAUUAAAGUAUGUUUGGUUUAGUUAUAAAAUUAUGUUUUCUAUAAAUAUUAAGUAAAUUAUUUAUUUUUGUUUUUAAGGUUUUGAAAAAUUUUGGAAUUACAGCACUUGGUGGAUUUGGUUUCGGAAUGGGGCAAUUUUUUUUCAUCAAAUACACAUUUAUUUAUGGCAUUGUUAUUGCAAUUGCACAAUUUGAUGAAUUUUUAAAGCCUCCAAAGCCACCAAAAUGCAUUUCACGGAUUUAUUUGUAUUCUGAUAUGUGGAGGAGUUUUGAUCGAGGACUUUAUGAUUUUUUAAAAUGGUAA